AUGGAAAAUGGGAAGAUAAAGUACGAGUUAUAAUGUCACUUUCUCGCCCUUUAAAAAAUCACUCAAAUUUAAAACCCUAACAAAACCCUAAAACAUAAAAAAAUUCCGGCGACGAUGCUGGCACCGGCAUCAAAUUCCGACGAAGAAUUUUCUGUACUACAACUAAUUCCGUCUUCCGAAAAACAGCAGGCAGUGAUUCAUCCAAUUCACCAUUCUCUAACUUCCCCAAUUUCUCGCAUUGCUAUUAGCUGGUCUCGUGGUAACUCUAUUCGACUCUCUCUCCUACCUCAACCCUCUUCGAAUGUCAGAGAAUCAGAUGAUUCCGCUGACGGAACUGUUGUCGAGGUCAAGCUUGAUGGCGGAAAUGGCGGAAUUAAAGAUGAUGCACAAUGGAGGAGAAUCGUUUAUGGUUCUGUUGCUCCUUUUGCGAUGUUUCAAAGUCGGAAGAAUUCCGCUUUGGCUUUGUCGAAACUGUCCAUUGGUGCUUUGGCUGAUUCUGAGUGGUGGGAGUAUGCCAUGGAGUAUAGUAAGGAGAUAAAUUCACUUCUUGGUACAACAAAGUCGACAGCUGAUUUGGUUGUUGAUGACCCCGAAAGUAUUCUGAUGGUUGAUGAAGAGAAAAAUAGUCUAAAGGCUGCAUGGGAGCUACUGGAACUUUUUUAUGCAGAUAAGCAAUCUCAAGCUUGGCUUCCCGAACGUCUGGUUGAUUGGCUAGCUGAUUAUGAUAGCUUGCUUUCAGAAACUCAAUCUACUGUGCAUUCAAAACUUGUAGAUUUUCAACAUCAUCUUUUGAACUUACAGGUGAUUGAGGAUGAUCCAAAAUACUGGGAUUGUUUGAUGUCUGCACUAGCUCUUGGCUGGCUGGAUAUUGUGGUCAAACUAUUGCGUCUACAUGGGUCUUAUCAAAUUGAGCAGCUAGGAAGACGUGAGACAGAAAAUGGGCUUGUUGAAGCAGUAGUUGUUCUUGUGUCAAAAAUGCCGCGUCUACGGCCUGAAUUACAUGCUGGAAGGUUGGGGGAAUGCUAUAAAAGCCGGACUGACUUUGCAAAGGGUUGGGAAAUAUGGCAUGCACGAGUUACUAAACUGGAGUGCAGUGCUUUCUGGGUUGAGUGUGGACACCAGAAAACCAAAGAGGGUUUGAGAAAACUUCUACAGAUCAUGCUAGGAAACUCAGAGCAUAUUUCUGCUUCAACAUGUCAUUGGAUUGAACUUUACACUGCCCACUUUCUAUACAUCAGGCCAUUCACAGUGGGGUUAGAAAGUAUGUACAGCCUUGCUCAGAAAUGCAUUCAGUUGAAGCCUAUGUCACGUCAUCAUAGCUUAAUGGGAAUUCUAGUUGGAAUUCUUGGAGAAAAUACUGAGGUUGUGCUAGCAGAAUGCUCUAGAGCUUUUGGCCCAUGGAUGGUGACCCAUGCCAUAGAGUUGUUGACUUCUGGAAAUGACCAGUCAGAGAUUCUUUUGCGUGAAGUGCGCCCGAACUUAGGAGGAGUUAGUAUUGAGGAGCUCCAUCGACUUGUCUAUGCUCAAGUUCUUGCCUCUCAUCAAUUAACUUGGCAGAUUGCACCUGUAUACUUGACAUCAUGCAGACCUGGAUUGGGCUUGCUGGAUAUUUUAUUGUACAGACAACCUGUUCACUUUAAGCAAGGCUUGCUUAAGAACUUGGAGAUCUGCCGUUUGUACGAACUCGAGCCUAUCAGUUCAAACAUCAUGAAGAUUGCUGGAAUACAUCAUUGGAAGCAUGGUCGAAAAGGAUCUGGUAUUUUCUGGCUUCAACAAGCUCAAGAUGAAUGUCGUCUCAAUAAAAUUGCUCAGCAAUUGUUUGAUUUUGUGGGGAAAUCAAUAUCCGAAGAGAGCUUUAAGCAAUGGGAAGGAUUGAUUGAAUUGUUAGGUUCUGACACAAGAACUGCUGGAGGCCUAGAGUUUCUGCACAAGUACAGAGAUUUCAAGAAAUCCCUGCAGCAAGUUGAUGAUUGGAAGACUACUGACGCUGCUAGGCAAGCUGUGGAAUCUCUUAUCCUGCUCAUGAAAAACCCAUCUACACCUCAGCGGUUCUGGUUGCCUCUUCUUUAUGACUCGUUGAAGCUGCUCACGUGGCGGGAGGGUCCUAUUCUUGAUGUUCCACAGACCAAUCUACUAUUGAAUAAGCUGCAAGAGCUGUCCAUGGCUAAGCUGCGCCCUGAUUAUGUUGAAGCAGACUUGCCAUCUCAAGCCUUGAGUAGUGUUCGGCUGGCUCUUGCUACAAAUCUUGGGCGUGCUAUUCUUGAAGAGCAAUGACUUCUUGUGCAAUUUUAAGUUCCAUCCGUUCAGCACAUACUUACAUGAAGCCAUUCUUGAAGACAGCCAAAGAUCACUUAAAGAAGAGGUACUUCAUAAAGUGCUGUUAAAAUGUUACGGAUACAAGAAUGUCGAUUUUCCAAUGAUUUGUCAAAUUUUAUUAUACCCAUUAGUCAUUUAAUGCCGCUACAUGAUCAUAGUUUUGUAAUGUGGGUUACAUGAUCAUAGUUUUGUGGUGUGGGUUACAUGAUCAUAGUUUGGUAAGAGAUUUACCAAUUUUAUGUAUAACUAAUAGUGGCUGUAGUACAAAUGUUUAUUUUAAUCGGUAUGAAGUAUGUAGAUGCUGAAAGACAAAAAGGCUACGGUAACUGACUAACUGGUUAGUGAAUUGUUCUGAUAGCAAAGAAAAAGUAGCAGGAGCUUUCGAGGGAAUGUAUGUUUUAUUGUUAGUGUAAUCCUUUGGUCCUCUGGACUUUGGAGUUGCAUCUUGACAUCACGUUAAUAUAUUUUUUUGCAUAUGCAUUGUAAGGACUCGUGCUUUGCAGUAUUCGUUCAGUA